UCUGCAUCGAGCUUCUGCAUCGACCUUCGAGGAAUAAAAGGCAGAGGCAGGACCGCACUGCCCUCUUGGAGGGGACGCCGUCUGUAUGUCCCUACUCUUCAAAAACCUGCGCGUCCACCAAAUCUUUGGGGCGAACACCGAUGUGGGGAAGACGAUCCUGACCACCGCUCUGGUUCGCGGGUCCGCUGCGCUCAAGAAUGAGGUGUACUACCUCAAGCCCAUCAGCACGGGUCCGAUGGAGGAGGCUGAUGAUGAGUGAGUGGUUCUCACUCUACCUGCCGCGGACACUUGAACGACUCGGAACCAGACACAUCAAACGCUACAGCGGAUCUCUCAUGGACAGAAUACACACGGAAUGCCUGUAUCGGUUCCACGUCCCCGUGAGCCCGCAUCUCGCGGCGCAGAUGGCGCUGGGAGACGGGUCCGCCGAAAAGAUCGUCUCGGACAGCACUUUCGUCAACUCAGUCGCUAGCUAUGUGAGGCGGUGCGCGGGCCGGGCGGGUCCAACAGCUGCGCACAUGUACGUGGAAACGGCCGGAGGUGUCCACAGCCCCACGUUAUCGGGUGCAACCCAAGCCGACUGCUACCGGCCCCUCUUUUUGCCUACUGUGCUCAUCGGAGACUCCAGACUCGGGGGCAUCUCAUCGACCAUCUCUGCCUACGAAUCGCUCAUCCUCCGGGGCUACAUCGUAGACUCGAUCCUCCUCUUCCGGGAUACCUACUACCGCAACAGCGAAUACCUGACGCCCUACUUUGCGGAGCGGGGUGUCGCCGUCACUGCGUUCGAUCCUCCGCCUCCCAAGUUAGAGAAUCUGGACGAGAACUACGUGUCGACUCAGCAGUACUACGACCAACUCGACAUGGCACCGGUGCUCAGCCAUUUGGACGAGCAGCAUUCCCAACGACUGGCUGAGCUAUCCUCGAUGCCCAAACGGUCGAUGAACACUUUCUGGUGGCCCUUCGUCCAGCACGGACUCGUCAAGAGCGAAGCCGACGUGACGGUAAUCGACCAUGCGACGUCGGACUUCUUCUCGGUGUACAAACCCGAUGACUCGAGCUCUUCCCAGCUGAAAAGCCAGUUCGACGGCUCGGCUUCUUGGUGGACCCAAGCCCUGGGACACGGCAACUCUGCGCUGACGCUGGCUGCGGCGCGCGCCACUGGCCGAUAUGGCCACGUCAUCUUCCCGCAGGCAACGCAUGCGCCGGCGCUGCAGCUGGCGGAGACGCUGGUGCGCGACGGGCCCGGGAAGGGGUGGGCGUCGCGCGUGUUUUUCUCGGACGACGGGUCGACGGGGAUGGAGGUCGCGCUCAAGAUGGCGCUGCGCGCGUUUUCGGUGCGGCACGGCCUGGAGGGCGCGGACCGCAAGACCGUCGGCGUGCUCGGGCUGCGCGGCAGCUAUCACGGAGACACCAUCGGCGCGAUGGAUGCGUGCAUCGAGGAGGGCGUUUACACGUGCGAAUGGCACAACGCUAAAGGGUUCUGGUUUGACCCGCCCGCCGUCUCAAUCCGCGAUGGCCGGCCCGUGAUCACUCUGCCCACCGCUCUGGCGGCCUCAGGUGACUCCACUGUGCUCAACGACGAUUUGUCAUGGAUCUACGACGUCAAUAAGCGGCUCGAAACGUCUCUGGCAUCGACAUAUCGCGAGUGGAUCACCAAGACCCUAGACGGCCUCGAGAAAGCGGGAGGACCUCGCCUUGCCGCGCUGGUUCUCGAGCCUCUGAUCUUGGGCGCCGGGGGCAUGAUCUUCGUCGAUCCGCUCUUCCAGCGCGUUCUUGUCGACACCGUCAGAGCGAGAGGCACUUCGGCCGAGCCUGGAGCAUGGCAAGGUCUGCCGGUGAUAUUCGACGAAGUGUUCGUUGGGUUGUACCGCCUCGGCAUGAAGAGCACCAUCCCGCUGCUCGGUGUCACUCCAGAUAUCUCGGUCCACGCCAAGAUCCUGACGGGCGGCAUCAUUCCACUGGCAGUCACACUGGCCACGGACUCGAUUUUCCAGGCGUUCUACGGACCGGACAAGGCGACCGCGCUCUUGCACGGGCACUCCUACACGGCUCACGUAAUGGGGUGUGAAGUGGCGAAUGAGACUCUGCGGCUGAUCGACAAAGAGGCGUCGAGUGAGUCGUGGGCUGUAGCGAAAACACGAUGGGAACCUGCCCCAGGAACUCCGAGUACGGUUUGGAGUGUGUGGGACCUGGAGUUCCUCAAAACCCUCUCGCGCAUGGACGUCGUCGAUGAGGUCAUGGCCCUGGGCACCGUUCUCGCCAUCAAAGUCAAAGACGCGGGUGGAAGCUACGUGUCCAUGUCGGCACAGACGAAGCUCAACUCGAUCAGGUUCGGGGACAGUGAGGAUGCGAGCACGACGUCGUUUGGGAUCCAUUUCAGGACACUGGGCAACGUUGCAUACUUCAUGACUAGUCUCAAUACCGAGCAGGAGACGGUUAGGGCUGUAGAAGACAAGAUCUGGACUGCGUUGAGCAAGUCCAGCUAAUAGACAAUUUAAAAGGCUUCGAUGGCAACAACGUCUUUGAAAGCGCCAUCCCUUUGUCAACACGCUUCUCAUUCGGGAUGUCGUCGUCCUUUGACGCUCCCAAUUCUUUAAAAAGGCGUCUAUUUUUCGACUAUUUCCCUGACAUUGCAGUCCACCAUACCAAUGAGCACCGAGCGCCAACACCGUCGAGAGGACAGUGCCUCGUCCGAGCUCACUGACAGCAGUGAUCGGGUGAGCAGUUCCUCCUUCCCUGCCGCAACCUCUCGUCAUGCCAUACGUGCAGAGCUCCAGCGCCGAGUCGCCCACCUCAACUGAAGUCGACUUCGACUUCUGCUAUGAUUCGCACCAAGCCAUACUCGUGCCGCACCACAGACCCGCAAUAAACACCAUGCCCAAGAUGCGGGACUUUGCGUAUCCGCCCACGGAUUCGCGCCACCACCGCAUGCCCACGGCCGACAGCGACUGUCUGACGAGGGAGCUGGAGGCCAUCCAGAACGAGAAGAAGCGAUCGGCUUUCCCGAAGUUCUUGAGGAGGCUCGUUCCAGUGGGUGGCCUCGGUAUCAGGUCGGUGCGACGCUAUCUCACGCACUGGGCAGAAUGCAGCGCUCUGAGCGGGCGCAGUCAAUACGGUGUAAAAACAAUUAGUAAUAGCACUCUCUGUACUUAGUAUAUUUAGAGAUGAUUGGAAUGAACGUGUCCGGGACAUCGUUCCCCAAGUCGAGGUCGACAACCAAUUCCCAUGGCGUCGAUUUGGGCCCCCAUCGGCAGACGGACGGCUGAGAGAUGGAGCAGGGGUUACUUGAGCCGAGGAGAUCUUCGAGUCCUAUGCUCGUUGUGCCCGGGGAGGACCAUGACAAGUGUGACCAAGUGGCAAAACGGCAGAAACUAACGCGGAUUGUCACACAUCACGUGACAAUGUGACGCCUAACCCAUCU